AUGAGGCCCCGGCAGCUUGGAGCCGGGGCGGAAGCCCCUCCGGGCCCCCCCACCCCAAGCCCGGCCCUGGGGGCUAUAAAGGGGUGGAGCAGGACUCCGGACGCCGACGUGAGCGCUCAGCACAGCCCCGAGCCCGCCAUGGCCUCCCCGCCGCCCGCCGCGCUGCUGCUGCUCCUGCUGCUGCCGCUGCUCCGGGCCUCCGCCGCGCGCCCCGCGCCACCCAGACGAGCCCGCCGCCCGAGCCCGCGCCGUCCCACAGCCUCCUCCCUGCCCGGAGUUGCACGGCCCCUGGGGAGCCCCUGGCGUCCUGACCCGGCCCUGCGACCCCCCAAGGGCUCUGAGACACUCGGAUGGGACGUUCACAAGCGAGCUGAGCCGCCUGCGGGACAGCGCGCGGCUGCAGCGGCUGCUCCAGGACCUGGUGGGAAAGCGCAGGUGAGCGCGGAGGGCCGGCAGGGGCACCGCACAGAGGGUGAGGGAGACCAGGAGGCCAUCCCAGAACCGGGGAAGUGGUCUGGCGGAGGCCCCAGGUCCGAGGAGGGGGGCUGGCGGCAGCAUCCCAGAGACGAGGAGGAGGCAGGCGGGGGCACCCCUGAGCCCGGGAGGCAGCGGCGGCCCCCAGAUGCAGGAGCUGGAGUUGGCAGUGGGGGUGGCAUGACACAGACCAGAGGAGCCCUAGUUUCACCCAGAUGCCGGGUGAUCCAGCAAGGGCUCAAGCUGGGCUGCCUUCCCCGCCCGGGUCUGGAGUCAGGAUUUGGGAGCCAGACACCCUGGGAGCUGAAGGGUCCUGGCAGCCUAGAUGAAGCUGGAGGAGGAAGGCGUCUUUCCACUGACCUGGACCUGGAGCCAGAGCCUGAGGGAGGGAGCCUGUCCUGGCCCCUGCCCCUUUCUGGUAACCGCCCCCCCAAGCCCCUGCCCCUACUCCAGCCCCUUCCCCCUCCGACGUCCUGGCCCCUGCCCCUGUACUUGGCUCCUGACCCAGCCCCAGCCCGGCCCCUGCCCACCUGCUCCGUGAACAAGACAUUCUUUGAAAUCGAGGAGAACAAGAAUCUCACCGAGCCCCUGGUAGACAUUUAUGUCCCUGAGGGCCAGCAGGUGACCCUCGGGUCCUCGUCCACCCCGUCCACCUUUCAGAUUCAGAACAACCAGCUAUUCCUCAGCGUGAUCCCUGACUACGAGAGUGAACCCUUGCUGCAGGCACACCUGGAGUGCAGGCGGGGGGACACAGUGGUGACUCAGCUGAGGGUGUUCGUAUCUGUACUGGAUGUCAAUGACAACCCCCCCAUCUUUCCCUUUACCACCAAAGUCGUGAACGUGAGCGAGGACACCAAGGUGAACUCCAUUGUCAUCCCGGAGACAGACCUGGAAGCACAGGAUGAUGACAAAGAUGACAUGUUGUUCUACACCCUCCAGGAAGUCACCCCAGGUACCGAUGGCUCCUUCUCCUUGGUGGGCACAAAUCGUCCUGCCCUGAGGCUGGACAAGCUACUGGACUUCGACAGGUGUCAAAGCAUGACCUUCCAGCUGCUGGUGCGAGACACAGAGCAGGAGGAUGCGAAGCCCAGCCACACAGCCACGGCCACGUUGACCCUGAAUAUCCUGCCAGCUGACCUGCGCCCCCCCUGGUUCCUGCCCUGCGUCUACUCAGACUCUUACGUCUGCAUCCAAGCCCAGUACCAAGGGGCUAUCCCCACAGGACACAGACUGCCAGAUCCGCUCACACUGAGUCCAGGGCCCAUCUAUGCUGUGGACGGAGACCGAGGCAUCAACCAACCCAUCAUCUACAGCUUCGUGGAUGGAAACCAGGGUGGCGUAUUCUCCAUCAAUGAGUCCUCAGGCAACCUCACCAUGAUCAAGGAUGUCCUCAGCCCCACCAACUUCAUGCUGCUGGUCAAGGGUGAGCAGGCCGACUUAGCCCGCUACUCGGUGACCCAGGUCUCGGUGGAGGCCCGUGCAACGUCUGGGAGCCCACCAAGCUUCUCCCAGAGCCUGUACCGGGGCACCGUGGCCCUCGGUUCAGGUGUUGGUACAGUCAUCAAAGACGCAGCCACCCCCUCUCAGUCUCUGAGGGUCCAGGCUCAGGACCCAGAUUUCCCGGACAUCAACUCAGCCAUCACAUACAGAAUCACCAACCACUCAUACUUCAGAAUGGAAGGGGAGGUUGUGCUGACCGCGGUCGCGCUGGACCACGUGGCAGUCUUCUAUGCAGAGGUCGAGGCCAAGAACACAGUGACCUCUGCCACAGUGACCACAGUCGUCGAGAUACAAGUUAGGGAACAGGAACCCCUUCCCACAGAGGCUGGAAGCACAACUGGACCCUCAAGCAGUGCCCCUUCGGAAGGCACCAGGCCCCCCGGGCCCUCUCAGGGACCCUCCACGACCAGCUCUGGGGGCGGCACUGGCCCACACCCACCCUCGGACAUGACUCUGAGGACACCUGCCUUGCCCACGCCUGGGGGGCCCUCCAGCAUGGGGGCACCUGGGGGAGAGGGAGGCAGCUCUGCAGGAGGCACUGCUCCAGGUGGUGGCCUCGUUGAAGACAAGCGCUUCUCAGUGGCAGAGAUGGCAGCUCUGGGUGGGGUGCUGGGCGCCCUCCUGCUGCUGGCCCUGCUGGCCCUCACAGUCCUCGUCUACAAGCACCAUGGCCACAGACUCAAGUGCUGCUCUGGCAAAACUCUGGAAUCCCAGCCGGGCGGCUUCGAAAACCAGACCUUUGCAGCCAACGACGAGGCCAACUGGGCGCCCGCCCCCAGCCCCGCUCCGGCCGAAGGCCCGCCCCCGGCCCCGAAGGACGAGACCCCCGCUCCCCCAGACAAAGCGCCCCCCAGCCCGGUCUCCCCCGUGGCCGCCCGGGCCGAGGGCAGUCCCACGGCCGUGAGGUCCAUCCUGACCAAGGAGCGGCGGCCCGAGGGGGGUUACAAGGCUGUGUGGUUCGGCGAGGACAUCGGGGCCGAGGCGGAUGUGGUCGUCCUCAACGAGCCCACCGCGGACGGCGCCGGCGACUUGGGCAGUGAGGGCAGCGGCAACGAGGACGCUGACCCAGGCCGGGCCGGGGGUCCCCUCGACGAGCCAGACGCCAACGCCACCUACAUCUAG